UAUCUCUACUCUAACAAAAGAUAACAUUCAAAGAUUCGUUUGUACGCGACGGCCCGACAUCGACAACUCACGCACCCCUCGCUUCCUCCUACGCUUCAAAACCAAAACACAAAGAAAAAAAUGUGAGAAAUUCGCUCAUUAAAAUUUCCUUCUCUCUCAUCGAAAUCAGACAAUAAAUAUAUAUAUAUAAGAGCAGUAGCAAUAUAUAUUUUCUCUUGUGAAAGCAAGUUUAUUCCAUUUGGUGAUUCUACUUAGAUCCCUUUAUUCUAGUAUUUUCAUUCGGAUCUCUCCAUGUUCAGACAAAACCAAAGCUUUCUCCCCCAAUAAAAUCUGGGUCCCCAGCCCCCAUUUCACAAAACUUACCUCAAAUCCCAUUUUCCUCCUCCAAAUCUCUCAAUUAGAACCCUCAAAUUAAAUCAAAAUUAAACAUGACGAUCAACACCCAUAAUCACAAUCACACUGAUCAUAAUUCCCCUGAGAAAAUGCAGGGAUGCCAAGAUCGCAUCCACGCCUUAGAAGAAGAGCGUCGCAAGAUUCAAGUUUUCAGUCGCGAACUCCCCCUCUGCCUCGACCUCGUCACACAAGCGAUUGAGGCAUGCAAGCAGCAGUUAUCAGGCACCACAACGGAGUAUAAUCUAAACGGGCAAUCGGAAUGUUCGGAGCAGACAUCAAGCGACGCUCCAGUUCUUGAGGAGUUCAUCCCUUUGAAGAGGGCUUCCGACGGCGAGGAACAAGAAUCUAAGAAGCCGGAGCAUGACAGCACCAUCAACAUUGCCAAGAAUUGCCAGAAAUCCGACUGGCUUAGAUCUGUUCAGCUAUGGAAUCAGACACCAGAUCUACCCUCAAAUGAGGCUUCGCCGAAAAAAGUAGGAGUGAGUGAGGUGAACAGAAAUGGGAGUGGCGGUGCUUUUCAUCCGUUUAAGAAAGAGAAAAGUCAAGUUGGGAGUGGUGCGGUUGUUGUUGCUCCCGCUCCGGUUAAUAGGUCGGUGCCGCCGGCUUCCACCAGCUCCUCGGCGGAGACCGGCGAUAAGAAGGAAGGGCAGUCGCAAAGAAAGGCAAGGAGGUGUUGGUCAACCGAGCUGCAUAGGAAAUUCUUACAAGCCCUCCAACAACUUGGUGGUUCUCAUCUUGCAACACCCAAGCAGAUUAGGGAGUUGAUGAAGGUGGAUGGGCUCACUAAUGAUGAAGUUAAAAGUCAUUUGCAGAAAUAUCGUCUGCACUCGAGGAGACCUAGCCCUUCAAUCCAAAACAACAACAGCUCACAAGCACCUCAAUUUGUGGUGGUGGGAGGGAUUUGGGUGCCGCCGGAGUAUGCCGCGAUGGCGGCAACCGCCACAUCCGGCUCCGGGGAGGCGUCGGGCGCGGCCACAUCCAACGGGAUCUACGCGCCGGUCGCGACGCUGCCGAUGCCGUUCCGGGAGGCGUCGGCCUCCACUAAGAAGAGACCGCUGCCGUCAUCGGAUGACGGCGGCAGCCUUAGCGAAGGCGGAGGCGGAUCGCAUUCCCCUGCCACCUCCUCCUCCACUCAUACAACUACUGCCUCACCAGCUUACUGAACGCCCCCUUUUUUGUAACUUUGUGAAGAAUUUGUAGAAAUAUUUUACAGGUGUAAUUUUGGUGAAAUUAUAGAGAGGAAAAGAAAAAAGUGUAUUUUUGGGUCA